AUGGAGCACCGAAACCCGUCGACCGCGGCUCUAGCCGUUCUGCUGACCUCUGUGCUCGCCGUAUCGAUCGUCGCAGUGACAAGUGAAAAUGGAAACAGCGGCAGCAGUAGCAGCUCCAGUGAUGGGGUCCCAGAGUUGCGCAGCAUAUCGACCUUUGACGCCUACGAUGCACUGGCGCUCGUCUUUGUUGGCGCGGGACUUGCCAUCUCGUCAGCCGGUGGCGUCGGCGGUGGAACAAUCCUAGUGCCGGGAAUGGUCCUCAUCAUGAGCUUUGACAUCAAACGGGCGACGCCCGUGUCGAACUUCGCGAUCGUGGGCGGCGCGAUCGCCAACGCCUGGUUCAACUUUCGCAAGCGCCAUCCCGUGGUCGACCGUCCGCUCAUUGACUCGGACUUGGCGCUGGCUAUGAUUCCGCUCGUGAUGGGCGGGGCCGUCAUCGGCGCGGUGCUGGCCAAGCUCCUGCCCAGCUACGUGAUCUCAAUCCUCUUUGUCAUCGUGCUCACGUUGGGGGGAGCGCGCACAGUGUUGAAGGGACUCAAGAUGCAUCGUGUCGAGACGAUGAAAAAGGGCGCGUCGCGCGAGUCGGUGCUCAUCACGGAAGCAAUGGAGGAGCAACGACAGACUGAUAGCUACGUCCCUGUGAGCUCACCGCGACCGACCGUCAACGCUGAUAAGCCGACGGACGGCGUCGAGCGAGGGUCGUCGGUCUGUCGUGGGUCUCUAGUCUGCGAAGACAAUGAAAAACUCGCACGGAUCUUGGCACAAGAGCGCCACCUCUCGCUGCCAAAACAUGGCGUGCUCAUGGUGUGUUACCUUGGAAUCCUCGGCGCAGGGCUCGCGGGCGCGCCCUUGACGUGCAACAGCGUGGCCUACUGGGUGAUGCUGUUCGUGGAGAUCCCUUGGAUCGCCGCCUUUGGUGUCUGCACGGGCAUCUACCUCUUCCGGCAGCACGGGCACAAGGUCGCCGUCCACUACGUGUUUGCCGCAGGCGAUAUCCACUGGACAGCGAAGAACGUCAUCUGCUUCCCGCUCGCGUGUGCAGGUGCUGGUGUGGUUGCUGGUUUGUUCGGAGUCGGCGGCGGUAUCGUCACGGGUCCCCUCAUGAUCGAGAUGGGCAUCGUGCCUGAAGUCGCCUCGGCCACCACUGCGCUCAUGGUGCUCUACUCUUCCGCUGCUGCCACAGCACAGUUUGCCGUGUUCGGGAUGAUUGCGUGGGACUGGGCGCUGCUGAUGUUCGCCGUCGCUCUCGUCGUCACGGCCUUCUCGCAGGUCGUCAUUCUGGGCUUCGUGCGCAGGACUGGCCGUCAGUCCGUGAUCGUGCUCUGCAUUGGCGUGACGAUCUGCGUCGGCGCCGUGCUGAUGACGUACGAGUCCAUCGUGCGCACGAUCGCAGAUGCUGGCAAGCCUUUCGAGGUGACUGUGUGCUAG